CCUCUCUCUCCUGCUGUUCCCGCACUAUAUAUCUAAGGGUAUGGUACAGCUAAGUGUCUUAGCAGCAGUAUUUUCCCUCUGCCUCCUGCGCAAACACAAUGAUGUCACUUUCCUUUUCUGCUCUCUGGUGGAGGUGGGGGGCAGGAGAAGAAGGCUGGGCCACUCCUAUUUGCUCGCAGGUCACGCAUGGUGUUUCCUAAUGGCAGUAGGGCUAUUGCAGAUGCCAUUAUUGGGGUCAGGAGUUUCUUCUCCUAAGGAAUCUGAGGUGACAUUCAAGAAAGAAACACGGGAGCAAACCGAUAUCAACACAUUGGAAAACAGAAUGUUAAUGCUUGAUGGGAUGCCUGCAGUCAGAGUAAAAGCAGAGCUGCUGGAAUCAGGACAAGGGUCUCCAAGUACUCAUAGUUACCCAGAUAUGGAAGCUGUACCCCUGUUGCUGAACAGCAUGAAGGCAGAUUCAGAAGAAGACUCUUUGCCCACAGACCAUUUCCAAACGCAGACUGAGCCAGUGGACUUAUCAAUAAACAAAGCCCGAUCAUCCCCCAUUGCUGCUUCAUCUUCACCAGUAUCCAUCACUGCCUCAGCUUCUUCUCCCUCUUCUAUUUCUACUUCUUCUAGUCGUCCAGCUUCAUCACCAACAGUAAUCACGUCAGUAUCUUCAGCAGCCUCUGCUCCAUCAGUAUUAACUCCAGGACCACUUGUGGCAUCUGCGUCAGGUGUUGGAGGGCAGCAGUUUUUGCACAUAAUCCAUCCAGUACCUCCUUCAAGCCCUAUGAACCUACAGACCAACAAAAUGAGUCAUGUACACCGCAUUCCAGUGGUGGUACAAUCUGUACCUGUGGUCUACACAGCUGUGAGAUCACCAGGGAAUGUGAACAACACUAUAGUAGUACCGCUACUGGAAGAUGGGAGAAAUCACAUGAAAGCACAAAUGGACCCACGUGGACUAUCUCCCAGACAAAUUAAAAGUGACAGUGAUGAUGAUGACCUGCCAAAUGUGACCUUGGAUAGUGUUAAUGAAACUGGAUCUACAGCCCUCUCUAUAGCCAGAGCAGUUCAAGAGUAA